UUCCAAGCUGGAGUCCUAUAAACUUUUCCAGGAAUUGUCUACAGCUGGAAUGUUUACAAGGCACGGCUGCGUGAUGGUUUACAGCACUUUGUCCACAUCUCUGGAGGAAACUAGAGACAGAGAUGACUGAACCAGUCCGUCUUCGUGGCGACAUUUGGACACAGUUAGCUUUUUGCUGAAUUCCCGGGAAGACUGAGUUUGACAUGACGCUCACCGCGUGUGGCCAAGGUCCACAAAAUGAAGAUUGAGCAAAACGGGAACAAAGCAAAUGGGCGGGGCCAAGCAGGAUGGUGGUUGACUCAUGACGUAUCCAGCGAUGGCGUCCAGGUUCUCGCAGCGGCUGCUUGGCCUCCGCGCCAAACUGCUGCAGCGCUACGAACACGGGCCCUUCGUGCGGUGUCUGUCAGGUCUGUACGGCUGUCGCUGGAGGCGCUACGAGAGGAGCAGGGGUCAGCCAGAAGACUGCUGCUGCAGCAAGCUGGAGGGAGCGUCGUUCGCCCUGCUGGUCGCAGCUUUCUGUCUGACGCUGCUUUUCCUCUACUUCUGGGGACAAGCAGAGAACGACUACAACGACUUUGACUGGUUUAACUUUGGUCAUUUGGGGUUCUGGUUCCCCUGGUCUGUGGUUCUGCUGGUCAUCUCUGCAGGGUUCUUCACCUACGUCACUGUGCUCAUGCUUCUGGCGGUGUGUUUACUGUCUGAAGGCCAGAAGCUUCAUUUACACUGGAGUCACAAGGUUGGGAUCCUGAUCAGCCUGAUCUUCUCCAUCGCAGCUACUGCGGUUUUAUCCGACCUGUGGGGAGAAGAAUGGACGACUCUGCUGCUUUCCUUCCAGGUGACGGCACCGUACCUGCACCUCGGCGGCGUUCUGCUGAUGACAUCACUGGCCUGGCCUGUUGCCCUUCACGUCUUCCGCAUGAUCAGCAGCGUGAGGCGGGGGCUGAUCGUGGGGGUUUACCUGUCCGUCCUGCUGACCCUCUACCUGGUUCCUCUGGGCUUGUACUCUCCCUGCAUCAAACAGAAAGGAACGCUGGGCCCCGCGCCGGCGCUGAUCGGCCACCGGGGGGCGCCGAUGCUUGCUCCAGAAAACACGAUGAUGUCGUUCGAGAAGGCGGUGGAAGCCGGAAGCGACGGCCUGGAGACGGACGUUGCAAUAAGCUACGACGGCGUGCCCUUCCUGAUGCACGACCACAACCUGCAGCGCACCACCAACGUCCAGGAGGUUUUCCCAAACCGGACCGGCGCCCCUGCUGCCAUGUUCACCUGGAGCGAGCUGGAGGGCCUGAACGCUGGCUCCUGGUUCCUCUCUCAAAAUCCAUUUGGAACAGCCGGUUCGCUGCGGCAGGAGGAGCGGCAGCGAGCGGGAAACCAGUCGGUCUGCAGCCUGCAGGACUUCCUGCAGCUGGCGGGUCAGGCUCAGAAACUGGUGAUCUUUGACCUCUACCGCCCGCCCUACGGCCACCCGUACAGCAACAGCUGGAUCCAGCGAACCCUGGAUGUUCUCUACAACGUGUCGUCCAUCCAGUCAUCGCAGGUUCUGUGGCUGCCGUCCGAUCAGAGAUCCUGGGUCCACCAGUCGGAUCCCGACCUCCAACAGACGUCCGGGACUCGACUCCCUCUAGAGGAGCUGCAGCGUAACAACAUCGUCAGACUCAACCUGCCCUACAGCUCCAUGUCAGCUGAGCUCACCAGAGAGUAUUCAGCGCUGAACAUCAGCACCAACCUGUACGUGAUCAGCCAACCGUGGCUCUACUCUCUGGCCUGGUGCACUGGGGUCCACUCGGUCACCACCAACGCCCCCCAGCUGCUCCGGACCCUGGACUCCCCGCUCCUCCUCAUGAGUCCAGAAGAAUACAACCUGAUGUGGAUUCUCACCGACCUCCUCUCCUUCAUGUUGGUCGUCGUCAUCUUCUAUUUUCACAGAUGGCGGGAACGAAGACUGGCUUUCUGCUCGGACCGAGAAGUGAAGCAGGAUAACGACUGCUGCAGGCAAAACAAACCAGAGAUGGCCGACAUCUGGUCCGUCUCCAGCUCAAACUGUCAAACAGAGAAGAUGCUCAACCUGGCAACCGUGAUGGAGCCCUCUAGGCAGAGCUGACCUGGCAACCUCUCACACUGCCGGGUUUCUGUCAUACUGCAACCAAAUCACGUCAACGUCAGAAGAAAACGCCAAACUUUCUAUCCGAACAUCAAAUAUUCUCAGGUUAAAUUCUGUUAGUGAUUUCUACUUUAAAGGGGCAGUAUUAUGUAAAAAUCUACUUUUUUGAGCUUUCCAUCAUGUUAUAAUGUUAUUCCCUCAUCAAAAUCAUACAUGGAGUGUUGCCUUGAUUAUUUCCUGCAUGCUUGAGAAAUCUUCAAUCUCCAUGGCAACCAUUCAAGCUGUGGAAAAUGCCUGGCUGAGCCUAGCCCCACCUUCGAGGCACAGCUCCUCCUUGGAGCUGCAGUUUUCAAGGUUUCAAGCUUCUGAUUCACAGAGCAGCUCUUCCCCACCUCACCCCCAUUCUGUUCCUUCAGACUAGCCAGCAACAAUUAGCAAACACCCAGUGGAACUGCGUAUCUGCUGAGCUCAUUAUAGGGGCUACUUCUCAGUGAACCACUGGUAAAAACGUUGUUAAAGGGUUAAUAGAGGAACCAUGUUGUGAUGACUUCCUGAAGGCAGAGUUUCAGAAAAAAGAGGCUCAAUUUCAAGGUGUUAAAUCACAAAGUAAAAUGUAUUUUUAGUCACAUUUGAUAUACAUAGCAUUUCUACAACUGAAGGUAACAUAGUUACUUUGAUUGUGCUAUUAAAUGGCACUAUGUGCCUGGAAAACACGUAAUACUGCCCCUUUAGUAAUGAUAAAGUUACACCAUAAUAAACUGCCAUUAGCUUUGCUUCACAAUGUGACUGUGAAAAGAAACUAGUCUGAAAAAAGCAUCAAUAAACAAUUUAUAUCUGUA